GCUUUUAUUAGAGAAUAAGCCAACAGUCCCAAGAACUCCUCACCACGUGCCACUCCCUACCCUAUCUCAAGAUAUUCCUUAGCUAAGUCUAAAAUACAAUGGCUUCCUCAGAGCAUACUGUGGUAGUCAUCGGUGCUGGCCCUGUUGGCCUCUUCACAGCUUUAUUGCUUGCAAAAGGUGGGGUCAAGGUCACCUUGUACGAGUCCGGGGAAGGGAUUGAUCAGUCCCCGCGUGCGGUUGGUUACUUUCCACCUACAAUGGAGGAGUUUGCGAAAGCUGGAAUAAUUCAAGAUGUGAUCGAAGCUGGAGAUGUUGUAUCAGAUGGCUGUGCCUGGAGAAAUUCAAAAGGCGACGUUCUCGCCAGCAUUACUCCACCUUCGGAUGACAAGUCUUUUGCAGCCGUCCUUUCCCAGCCAGAACUGGGUGCCAUUCUUUUGAAAAGGCUCUUGGAGACCGGAAACGCAGAAGUGAGGUUCAACGAGUCUCUCAUGAGACUAGAGCAAAAUGAUGACGCCGUUACUUAUUGGACUGUUGGCAAAGCCAGUGCCGAAGAAGUGGAACAUCAAUGCCAGUAUCUAGUAGGUGCCGACGGCGGACGCAGCAAAGUACGACGCACAGUUGGCAUUGAAUUUGAAGGUUUUACAUUCGAUAAUCUACAAUUUGUGGCAGUCAAUUUCCAAUAUCCCGUGAGCGAACUUGGAUGGAAGAAGGCAAAUUACAUCGUAGACCCGGUGAACUGGGGCGUCGUCGUCAAACGUGGGAAAGGAUCAAGAUGGCGAUUUGCUACUGGCUUCCGUAAAGCCGAGAGCCUGACGGUGCUAGACAAGACCACGAUACAGGCUGUCAAAGAUCGUCUUGGUCGCCUCUUACCAGGUGAUACAUCCCAAAUACAGUACGAGGGUAUGGCCCCAUAUUUGGUCCAUCACCGUUGUGCCAGCCGUUUCCAGGAGAGGCGAGUUCUGCUGGCUGGAGAUGCUGCUCAUCUUAAUAAUCCCAUUGGAGGCCUGGGCCUUACCACAGGUCUUCUUGAUGCUGCCCAUCUGGCAAAGGCACUGAAACAGGUCUUGAACGGGGGUCUUGAUAUAAACGUGCUGGCGACUUACGCCGAAACUCGCCGACGAGUCUUUCUGGAGAAAACAAACCCAAUCUCUUUGGCCAAUCUACGCAGACUGCACUCAGAUGAUCCAAAAGUUACCAAACAGAGAGAAGAGGAAUUUGCUCACAUCAACAACCCGAAGGAUUUUAUCAAUACCAUACGGCUUGGACUUCCGGACUUUGCCCUCACUAGUACCUCGGACAGGAUUUUCGAUACUCAAAGCGAGGUGACCUGGUUUAUAUCAGUCUCUAAAAUACCCGAGUGGACUGACGAGAAGUUUGUCCAUGAGUACAAGACUGUACAUGCCGAUAUGGCCCGACCGAAAAGUGACCAAGUUACUCCUAUUAAAAGAUACAUCCAGUUGUCCAGCUCUCCCAUCUCUAUCGAAGGCGCCGAAAGACCUUCCUGGAACUAUGUUACUUGCCUCACAUGGCCAAGCUUGUUCAUUGUCCACGCUGGUUUCUCCAAUCCCGGGUAUAAGGCAAGUGCUGGAGCACACGUUUUCUGUCGUCUCGACCAAGUGGGCUCUCUUGCUCAGCAAGUGGUGAAAUACUCCAAAGAAAACCCUUCAGAGAAACCCGAUGUUGAAGCUGCGCAGUGUCUGAUCUUCCACAAGAGAAGCAGUGCUUCUGACGAAUACCCCGAAAAAUGGUUCACUGAUCGAGCUGCCAAGUGGAGAGAUGUCGAAGCUUCUGACGAUCGGCUACGCACAUAUAUACUAUACCGAGAUGUGACGCCUAAGGACACAGAGUACUUCUUCCGCGACACUCAAUUCACAAAGGGGUCGUGGAAUGAGUAUAAGGCCGUGGAGGCAUUCUACUUCAAAGAUGAGACAGCUUCUACAGCGUUCUUGCAACAGCAUGGGAAGGAAGUUAUCGAGGGUGCUGUCGGCGAAACACAAGCAGUGGUGGGCGUACCGGAUAUCAUUGUGUAGAGCGUCGUGGCGGUCUGUGUUUAGUGUCAGCUUAGGUGUAUGCGGUGCGUUUAUAGGAUAAGAUUCCAUGGUAGUUGAAAUACAUGUUUACUCGGGGUGCAUAAAUAGCGAGACAUAUAUCAAUCCAUUGUGACGAAACUGCUUUUUUCUACUUGUCCAAAUAUUAAUCUGUAUUUAGCAAGCUGACAGACACUGAAACGAAUCCUGUACCCUCUUGCGUA